GCAUCAAUUAUGGGUCUCGAAAAAAUAUAGAGCCCAUGUUCAUGAUAAUGUAUCAAUAAAUGAAACUUCAUACAUGUGUGAAGUUUUAACACGUUUAUUUGAUACAUCCAUGAACGGGCUGCCCAUAAAAUGCAAAGCUUGGGGUGCUUGCAAAAAUAAGCUUGAAUUGCUGUAUAGUGAAACGGGUCCUCUCAAGUCAUCCCAAGAUAAGCAGCUUGGAGACUAUAAGAAAUUGGCAAGGCUCUCCAAGGAUCAAUCGAAGAAGCAAGAUUGGGAUUUAUAG